GUAAAUUAAGAGAUUAGUAAGUAGUUUGUUAGCCUAGAUGUUGCAUCAAUGGGUGGUGCUGGUCUGUCCAAAUCCUCCCACUUCCUAACGGAAAACAAAACUCUUGUUUAUCUAAUUAAUUAUUUCAACUUCUUCAAUAUUACUCUCUCAUACCUCAUCUUCUUCCCAACUUCUCUCACUCUCUUUCUUUAGAUAUACACAUGCAUGCACACACACACAUAUAUAUAUAUAUAGCGCCUCUCACUUCGAUCAUCAAUGAAUCUGCAAUAUUCUUGAAGGUUUUUGGAGAAAUUAUAUAACCCUUUCGAUCGAGAAGUGUGGUGAUCGAUAUGAUUUCAGAUCAUCACAGUGAUCAUUAGGGUUUGUUGAGCUGAAGCUUAAUUAGCUCACACACACACACACAUAUAUAUAUAGAGAGAGAGGGAGAGAGAGAGAGAUGAUGUGUAGUAGAGGGCAUUGGAGGCCUGCAGAAGAUGAGAAGCUAAGAGAAUUAGUUGAAAGAUAUGGACCUCAUAACUGGAAUGCUAUUGCUCAACAUCUUCCUGCACCUAGAUCAGGAAAAAGUUGCAGGCUGAGAUGGUUCAAUCAGCUGGAUCCAAGAAUAAACCGGCGGCCGUUCACGGAGGAGGAGGAGGAGCGCCUCCUCGGCUGCCACCGGAUUCACGGGAACCGGUGGGCGAUAAUCGCCCGACACUUCCCCGGGCGGACUGAUAACGCCGUGAAGAACCACUGGCACGUUAUCAUGGCCAGAAAAUGCAGAGAGAAAUCAAAAUUCUACGCCAAAAAUCAAAGUGUUUUCCUAGGAAAUAAUCCGAGGUUUAGCCCUCUUGUAAUGGAGCUUCAUCAAUCUCAUCAUAAACUGCUUCAUCAUCAAGAGAGAAGUGGGAAAUCAGUGGAAUUCUACGAUUUUCUCCAAGUGAAUACAGAUUCAAACAGAAGUAGUGAAGUGAUAGAUGAUGAUGCAAUUAGGAGAAGAGAUAAUGAAGAAGAAGAAGUGGAUCAACAAUCUGUUUAUCAUUCUAUUAAUCAAACAAACAACAAUUCUCCAUCAUCUCUACCCUUUAUAGAUUUCUUAUCGUUGGGAAAUAACCCUACUUAAUUAAUUCCUUUUGAUCAAUGAAGAAAAGGAAAAUUAAAUGAUAUUAUAAGUUUGUUGUAGACUUAGUUGUGUUAAUGUGUGUGUGUGUAUAUAUAUAUAUAAUAGGAGGUUCAAAUGAUCAGAAUCUCUAUUUUUUUCGUUGGAA